AUCACUCAUUCACUCUGUUAGUGGACUGCCUUCAUUUCUCCUUCUAAAAUUUAAACAGUUAAGAGAGAGAAAUAAAAACACUACAAAAAAUAAUUUAAAAAGUAAUAAAAAAAAUCUUCACGCACUUAUCAAUGGCGCUUCGGAAACUCUUCACAAAACGUCUUUUGGACGGUUUCAAAACAAUGGCGUCACCGGCGGCAUUCCACCGCACGAUCUCGCCACCUUCUAUUCCAUCCACCUUCCUAACUUCGCCGUCGAAACCUGCCACCAGCGACACAGGAUUUUUCCGGCGAUUCCUCUUCAAGCGAGCAGUGUACCACUCCGCUCCGACAAGAUUCCCGGAGUUUCUCUCUAUUCCCGUAGGGGAGAAGCUGAGAGAGAAGCUCAGAAGUAUCAACAACGUCACCAUCACCAGAGAUCGUUUUCGCAUGGCUCCUCCAUCACCGUCACCGGUAUCACCGGUCACCAGCGACUCUUUUCUCGAAAGCGGAAUUUCGGCAGAGGAAGUGAGGAAGGUUCUAAAGGCUACGAUGGCGGAGAAGGUGAAGGUGAAGCUGAGUGAAGUUCCGGAUGCCUCGAUUUCGUACGGUGAGUUUCUGCGGAUCUGCGUGGAAGCCUGUGAGAAUCGCAAUCUCGGAGAAGAGUUUGCAAAGAUUCUCGAUAACGCCGGAAACGUCAUCGUUUUUGGUAACGUUGUCUUUCUCCGACCGAAACAGGUAGCAAAAGCAAUGGAGAGCUUAAUCUAUCAAUCAAUAGCCAAACCAAAUGACCCAAGAAGGAAGGAGUUAGAUGAGAUGGAGAAGCGAAAGGCACUAAUAGAUAAAAAGGCCAAAGCCCAGGUGAAAACCGAGCUUUAUUGUGGGCUGGGCUUUUUAACCCUGCAAACCUUGGGCUUCAUGAGGCUCACAUUUUGGGAGCUAACUUGGGAUGUGAUGGAACCCAUAUGCUUUUUUGUUACUUCCAUACACUUUGCCUUGGCAUACAUUUUCUUCCUAAGGACCUCAACAGAACCCACAUUCCAAGGCUAUUUCCAAAGCAGAUUCAAGGUCAAGCAAGAACGCCUCAUGAAGGCAAACAACUUUGACAUCAAUAAGUACAAUGAGCUAUGCAAAGCAUGCUACCAGAAUCCAAGCAUUCAUGCAGAUGGGGCAGUUUCUGGAGCCAUGCACCGUUGAUGAAGAAUCAUGUCUUGACAAGUGUUUUUAAGUGUUAUGGUCGAGAACAAAUUAGUAUAUAUUAUAAUAUAAUAUGAUGCAAUAGAAGACUGAACUUUUAAAUUUGAAGCAACAUAA